GUGCGUUCGUCCAAAGGCGGUAUAGACUGGUGGAGAUAUCAGAGCUGCGUUCUGAUCCCAAAGCUGAUUCCUUUCGCCAAAGAGUGCCUCCAAGAUAGGCCUCAGACCGUAGUUAUGGAGGAUAAGGCACCUGGGCACGCCCACCAGUAUCAGAACGUUGUCUAUAGUCUAUCCAACGUCGAGAGACUACUUUGGCCUGGCAACUCUCCAGACUGUAACUGUAUUGAGCCAUGCUGGUUCUACAUGAAGAGAGAGACUACAAAGAAAGGAGCUCCACAGUCAAGAACGGAGGCAACUAGAAUCUGGCUAAAUUGCUGGAGAGAUCUCCCACAAGCUAAGAUCCAAGCUUGGAUUGAGCGUAUUCUUAUACAUAUUCCAAAGAUAAUUGAGCUACAAGGUGGUAAUGAGUAUAUAGAGGGGAGAGAUAGGCGUUGUGUAGGAGAGCGGCCAGAUUUCGGCUAA